AUGUUUAUUGCUACCAGCAAUGGCAACGAGUCAGAAUCGGCCACGUCCUCCUGCCGUGAUUUCGGUUUUGAUGACUUUCUCUCAGCAAGAGGGAGCUUUGCUGAAUCAUUGGUAGUCGAGCAUGGCGGUGAUGACAAGGAUUCUGAACGGCCUACACCUUCUUGCCAUCAUUUUGAAUUUCAUGAUAUUCUUUCAGCAACAGAGAACUUUGAUGAAUCAUUAGUAAUUGGGCAAGGAGGCUUUGGGAAAGUUUACAAAGGUAACAUUAUUACGAAUGGAUCAAGUUCUGUUGUGGCAGCCAUAAAAAGAUUAGAUACCAUGUCCAGUCAAGGAGCAGCGGAGUUUUGGGCCGAAGUUGAGAUACUUUCAAAGUUACGUCAUUGUAACCUUGUGUCUUUGAUUGGUUAUUGUAAUCACCGAAAUGAAAAGAUCCUUGUAUAUGAAUAUAUGUCCAAUGGAACACUCGAGGAUCAUCUCUAUAAACUCGGCAACCCUCUUUCUUGGCUUCAACGACUCAAAAUCUGCAUAGGUGCCGGUCGUGGGCUACACUACCUCCACACUGGUACAGGGAUUGAAUCCGGUGUAAUACAUCGAGAUAUCAAGAGCUCGAAUAUUUUGUUACAUGAAAGCUGGACAGCAAAAAUUGCUGACUUUGGGUUGUCGAAAAUAGGCCCAACAAAUCAGCCAAAGACUUAUGUCAACACACUUAUUAAGGGCACUUUUGGGUAUCUGGAUCCUGAUUACUACGCAACAGGAAAGCUUACAAGGAAAUCCGACGUAUAUGCUUUUGGUGUGGUGAUGUUGGAACUACUAUGUCGGAGGCGGGCACUUGACAGAAGUCUCGAUGAGGAGCAAAUGAAUUUAGCAAGAUGGGUACUAGAAUCUAUCAAAGAAAGAAAUUUAAAGCAUAUAGUUGAUUAUGAUAUAAGGGGUGAAAUAGCACCAAAAUGUUUAAAGGAGUUUGUUCAAAUCGCAGAGAGAUGUUUGCAUACCAAUACUAAGCAGCGAUUGACUAUGGCUCAGGUUUUGUUCAGUCUUGAGAAUGUACUAAUCGUACAAAAGAAAUACAAUAAUUCAUUGCAACCCGUAGGCAGAACACUACUUGCUAGAAUGGUUAAUAUGCUUCCUUUCACCCCUACCUCGGAGGACUCUGAUAUUCAAAGAUCCUCAUUAACUCCCCAAGAUGGUUCAAAGAUAUCAACUGAUAAGAAGGGUAAGAAUGAAGGUGUUUGGUAUUUUGGGGCUACAGAAGAUUCAUUUCUGGACACAGAAGAUUCAUUUCUGGACACAAAAGAUACAUUAUUGGAUACAUUACCAAGCCUUAAAAUUUUUGAUUUUGAUGAUUUGAGAAGCUCUACUAGAAACUUCAGUCCAGAUUUAGUCUUUGGAGAGGGAGGUUUUGGGAAAUUGUUCUUAGCUCGGCUUGAGCAGAACACAUUCAUUCCUUCAAAACAUGGCAUCGAAGUUUUGGUUGCUGUUAAAAAAUUCAACCAAGUUCGAGGACAUGCUAGAUGGCAGGCAGAGUUGAGCUUCUUAGGACGGUUGGCGCAUCCAAAUAUUAUUACUCUCAUUGGACACAGCAGCAAUGAAUAUGAAUGUUUACUUGUUUACGAGUACAUGCCCAACAAAAGUUUUGAUUGUUUCUUAAACACUGAUGCAUCUGAUAUUGCUGAACCGCUUUCGUGGAAAAUACGACUGAGGAUAAUGAUAGGAGUUGCCCGUGGACUUGUUUAUUUGCAUUCAUCAAAAAUUGACAUUAUCUAUCGUCAUUUAAAAAGCUCUACCGUAUUGCUGGAUAAAGAUUUUAAUGCGAAACUCGUAGACUUUACAUUAGCAAAAUCUAGCCCUAAAGAAGGGGAAACACAUAUUAGUACGCGUGUCAUGGGAACAUAUGGUUAUGCAGACCCAGCGUAUGUCGCGACAGGUCAUUUAACAGUGAAGAGUGACAUCUUCAGUUUCGGGGUAGUGCUACUAGAAGCUCUAACAGGCCUAAGAGUGUUUGAUGAAAAGCGGGAGACUUAUAAGCACUAUUUGGUCGACUGGGCAAUUCCAAUUUUAGGAAGAGCAAGCAAGUUAAAGAAAAUAAUGGAUCCACGCCUUAAACAAAACUACCCUGUAGAAGGUGCUUCUAAAUGUGGUACACUCGCAUUAAGAUGUCUUUCAAAUGAUCCAAUAAAUAGGCCUUCAAGUGAAGAAGUUUUGGAGAAUCUGGAACAAAUAUAUGCUACUACAAAGUAAUGUUUAACUCGAUGAGACACAAAAUCACAAAUACUAGAAAACAUUUCAAUACACCUACUUUUCCAUUAAACAUUUUAUUGCAGAUGGAUGAAAUAUAUCCACUUCUGUUUGGUUCGUUCCCUUUGUUUUUUUUUAAAGUAAAAUUAAAAAUUAUUGAUUGGAUGUAUAACACAAACACUCGAUAGAAACUGCAAGAAGCCAAGAAUAUAGAUACUUGAUUGGGCCAUGGGCCAAAUGUGUAAUUUUGUAUGUGUUGAAAUGGGCCAUGUUGGGUUGACCCAAAGAAUAAAAGUCCAGGUGAAGAGAUA